AUGAUGUCAAAAUUGGUAGUUCUUCUUGCUGUUUUGGCAGCCGUCAAUGCUUCUGCUUCUCAUUUUUACGUCUCGAACAACAAUACUGGAUCGACUUGUGUUAUCUUUGAUGGAGAAUUCAAAUUCAAUCUUGUGUUCCCAGUGAGUUUUAUCGAUUUUUUUGACUCUAGAUAGUAGUCACAGCCAAGCUCAAUUAAAAAUGAAUAAAUGUUCAGAACUCGACCGAAAAAUACACCGCUGUGAUCAAUGAAACCUUGGAAGUUGAUGGUGAUUGCAACGCAGUUAUCGAAAGCCAAGCCGCUCAAACUUUGACCGUCAACUUCAAUCCUGAUCAGCAAUCAUCAAUUCAUUCCAAAGAUUGGCAAUUGGAAAUUGUUUUCGGAUCAACCACCAACGAAGCUUUCAAGAUCAAGGACUUCACAUUGAAAUCGCAAAUCACUGACACUAUUCCACUCUUCGCUACAUUCAAAGCUGAUCCAAAAAGUCUUGGAGAUGUUUUUGCUACUGGAAAUAGUGGAUACAAGGUAACACUCAAAUUUUCAAAAAAUAAAGAAGUAGGAAGUCAUCUUAAAAUAUUUUCAGUGCUCGGUCGCCACUCUUGGACUCGUUGGAGGUGGAAGCAUCGAAGUUUCUGGAGCCAAUGUUAUCGCUUUCGCCAGCUUGAAUGGCACAGAAUUCCCAGCUCAACAAAGUGAGUUGUUAUUAUUUUUGUUUGAAAAUCAAAUAUGAAUAAUUUUCUUGCAGCUUACGAUGUUUGCUUCCUCGAUUCUCGUACAAGCGACGUUGUUCCAAUUGUUGUUGGAGCUUGUUUGGCUGGACUCGUCGUCGUUGUCCUUGUUGCCUAUUUGAUCGGACGUGCUCGCGCCAAGAGACAAGGUUACGCUAGCGUCUAAAUCAUCAUAAUUUUCUAUCAACAAUACUGAUGAUUUUUCUUCUUUUUUUCUCCCUGAUCAGAACCGAUUUUUUUUAUGUUUAUCCUCACCUUUUUCUAACGUGUAGCGAAUUGACGUGGUAGUAGACUCGCUCUUUAACAUUGUGACUUUAUUUUUUUUUUGAAAUUUAAAUCAUUCAUUUUUCUACUUCCAUUUUAUUUUGUGCUUUUAUAUGAUAACCAAAGAUAAUUCGAACAAUAAAAUUUUCACAAUUUGAGAUUUCGAAAUGUUGUUACAUAAUCAAACAAAAACUUUUCGUAACUGUCAAAAUUGAACUCAUUCAUUUUGAAAUAUUAAAUCAGUCAGUCAGUACCAAUUUCGAAACAAAAGGCGGGAUCAGAUUAUCUUUAAAUAUCUGUAAAUAAAUUUCAAACUGAAAAAUCUGAUAUGUUUUACCUAAUAUUUUUCCUAGCAAUUUCAGCGUCAAUUGCCUCACAGCAUUUUUCAGUGCAAGAUGAGAAAGGAGAUACAUGUUUGAUUAUGGAUGGAGAUUUUAAAUUUUAUUUGCAAAUUACUCACAUGGUAAGUGAAGAGCUGUGAUUCAUUUAGAUUAAAAUGAAAUCAUUCUUUUUUUUAGAAUGAAACAAAAGAAUAUAAUGUUUCAAUGCAAGAAAUCAAAUAUGUAUCAGGAAAAUGUGGAGAAGAUCUCAAUUAUUUAUCCGUUGAAUUUGAACCAACGGAUCAUCAAAAUGAUUCUUCAUGGAAAGUUUGGUUCUAUUUUGAUAAACCAGACAACGAAACUUAUUCAUUAGCGAAUUAUUCAUUGAGCGUGACUCCUACAAAUACAAUCCCAACAUCUGUGGUUUUUCAACAAAAUAAAACUCACAAUGAAAUUUUUACUUCUGAAAACCAUGACUUCAAGGUUAGUUCUUUAAUAGUUCUGAACGUUUUUUGAAAAAAAGCUUCUCAGUGUUCAACGGUGAAUCUUGAGCUUGAAGGCAAUUCAAGAAUCGAAAUAAAAAAUGCGAAAAUUAUCUUGAACGCCCAUUCAAAGCAAGGUUUGUGUUAUCGAGAAAAAAAUCAGAAGGAAAUGUCUUUUUUCAGAAUUUGAUGUUUGUUCUCGCGAUGUUUAUAGACAUUCUUCAACUGAAAAGAUUGUUAUUAUUGUAGUGGUGAUAGUUGCGUUGAUUGUUUUAUUUUUCGCUGGAUUGGCUUCUGUUUAUCAUCAUGUUAAGUUGCGACGUCAAGCAGCAUAUCCAGCAAUAAACUAG